GGGAGGGAGAGAGAGAGAGAGAGAGAGAAAGCAGGCAUCAUGGCAGCGCUCACUGCAUCAUCACGACACAUGGGGAUGUUUGGCUGCUGCUGGUGAAGCACUGUGUGAUGCAGAGGAGAGAGUCGAGGACUUCCUGGAAACCACGCCGAGGAAACAGGUGCGACCAGUGAGAGGAGCCACAUGAUGAGUGGGAUCCUGAAGAGGAAGCUGGAGGAGGGCCCGCCCCCUUACCGGGCCCUGCAAGGCUCUGAUGACGAUGUCUCCUGCAGUGACAGCGGCAACAGCAGCGACAGUCUCAACCAUCCCGUCCCCUCUGGGCUGCUGGACUCUUCUCUCCAGCAGCAGGCCAAGCGACUGCGGAGCCGCAACGUGCACUUCGAGAGCGUGACGGUCUACUACUUCAACCGUCGGCAGGGCUUCACCAGUGUGCCCACACAGGGUGGCAGCACCCUGGGGAUGUCGCCACGCCACAGCGGGGUGAAGCGCUUCACCCUCAGGGAGUUUGCCAUGGAGCAGAAACGGAGCCACCGGAAUAUGUUAAGGAAUCAUCUCAAAGAGGAGAAACUCAAUGCCAUCAAACUCAAAUUGACUAAGAAUGGCACCGUGCCAUCCGUGGAGGCGGAUACCCUGACGCUGGAUGACAUAUCUGAAGACGACCUGGAUGUGGACAACACCGAGGUGGACGACUACUUCUUCCUCCAGCCUCUGACUACCAGGAGGCGGCGGGCCCUUCUGCGCGCCUCGGGGGUCCGCCGCCUCGACGUGGAGGAGAAACACGAGCUGCGUGCCCUCCGCGUGUCCCGAGAGGAGUGUGGGUGCCGCUGCCGGGGGAUAUGCGACCCGGAGACCUGUGCUUGCAGCCUGGCCGGCAUUAAGUGCCAGGUAAAUGGAACUGUGGUGGACCGCAUGUCUUUCCCUUGCGGCUGCACCAAAGACUGCUGCAGCAACGACACGGGCCGCCUGGAGUUCAACCCGGUCCGGGUGCGCACCCACUUCCUGCACACCAUCAUGAAGCUGGAGCUGGAGAAGAGCCGCGAGGAGCAGCAGCAGCAGCAUCAGCAGCCGGAGCAGCAGCUUGUAACCAAUGGCAACGGUUACCAUGGUGACUCCUCCUUGGUCCAGCAGCAGCAGCCAAACCUGCAGUUCCCAUUGAUAAGUGGCACGCCGCACAUUCCCAUCGUGCACCUCCACAGCACAGGCAACGCGGAUUCACAUCUAGACGAGGAGGAAGAGGAGGAGGAGGAGGAGGAUGAUGAUGAUGAUGAUGAGGCGUAUGAGGAAGAUGAGGACGGCAGCAGCGUUUGCAGCGGGCUGUCGGACUGCAGCACGCACAGCUUAGACACGAUCGACCCCGAGGAGGAAGAGGAAGAAGAAGAGGACGAGGAGGACGAUGAUGACGAAGAUGAAGACGAGGAGGAAGAUUGGGAUUGCUCGUUGCACGGAACGGGUCCUCCGCCCUACUCUGUUCCCCUUCCCUCUGAGCUGAGUUACUCUAACAUGAGCCUCAGUAACCCCUUCCACAACGCCCCCUCCAUGCAGCAUUACCAGAUAGACAGCGCCGUUAAUGACACCCCCACUUUCCUCAGUGGAAAUGUCCCCGCCACCCCCACACUCCCCACAGUAGAGGCCGCAUUAGAGGCUGACAUAAGCCCCAAACUCCACUGCCCAACCGAGCAGCAGAGCGCUCCCCGCCAUUUCACAGAGUCCCAGGCGCCUCAAACUUGCUCGCGAGAGGGCCGCGCCACCACUGUUGCAGCCGGCGACAAGCAGCCGCUCUCGACAGACCUCCAGAACAAUCCGGACCACCGUGACUCACAGACUGAGGCUCCGGCUGGGUGCGCGGAGCAGACGGGGCAAGAAAUGAUGGCGCUGAUGAAGGAGCGACCAGGACUGCAAAAGCAUGGAGACGGCGAUUGAAUCCCAGACACGUCACGCACAGACAGCGCCUGAUGGAAAGGCUUCAGAGCGGCUUGUUCAUGCGUGGAAAUCUUUAUUCAAGAAUUGCGCCCUUCAACCAUCAGUUUGAUUUAUUCUUGAUAAGUGCACUUCCAAAGAGGGAAUGAGUCAUGCAGACUUUGAGACUGAAAGAGGUCUAUCUAAUUUAAACUCAAUAGGUCUCCUUUCUAAGAUUGUUGGUUAAAUCAAAUAUUAAAGGUUCAUUGACGAAGCUCAAUACAACUGUGUACGGUGCUUGUAACUAUAUGGAGCAACAUUAAUGCCCUCGUACAAAGUCUUUGAUCAUUACAGCAUGUUUCCUGGUUGUGACUGGCAUCUAUGACAAAUCUAGAUUUUGAGGUGCUUGUCUUCUUUCGCUAUUUCCCACUGUGCUGGUGUCUCAUCGUUGCUGCUAAUGGUUCUUAAACGCCUGUCUGUAUCGCAUGCGUUCAGUUAUCUAAGAUGUUUCGACACAAACUGUGAAAUGAUAAAUGAUGUCCCUGGCAAAACACUGGCAUUUAUAUGAGUUACUAGCGUCACAUAAAUCUGUUCUAAAUCUUACUCAAAUAUAUAUUUUUGUUUUCUGUUUUGUGCGCACAUUUGAGCCAUACAGUGGCUAUUGGUUAAUAUUCCCCACAGGAUGAGUUUUAAUAACGUCCCUUAAAGCAGCUUUGAAUAUUUUCCUAUUAUUAUCGGAUCACAUGACUACUUGUGGAGUCACUAGUGAUGAACAAUUAACAAAUGCACCAGCCUCUGGACUCCCCCUGGAGCAUUUUAGCGUCUUUCAGGUCAUUGUUUUGUUUCUUGGUUGACUCUCACAGCUUAGCCGUGACCCGCUGUACACAGUUAGCCUACACUGACGUUAGCGAGUUAGCUCGGUGUACAUCGUGGAGCAUUUAGCAGCUAUACAGACACAGAUAUUCCCCCUCAGGAAUAGUUGGAGAGCAAAACGUUAGCAAAAAGGAGGCCGGAUUGGUUCAUCAAGUGUGCUUACACAAUGCCAUUGUUGCUUUGUGUCUGCUGGAUGUUUGCUAACGUGUUAGCCGUAUCAAAUGAAGCUUUCAUGAUAUGUCAAUAUUGUGUUCACAACUUCUUACAGAUGUCUCGAAGUCACAAAAUGAACUUGCCAUAAGGUCAAUAUUCUACUUUGUCCAACAGUUUAUUUUAUGGCCAAAUUGAGUUGCUGCAAUAAUAAGUCCUCAAACCCGGACGUGAGUUAGCAUUUUAGCACUGCCAGUCCCCUUGUCUCGACGUAGAUGGCUUUUUAAUUUACUUUUUUGUGAAUUUUAUGAAGCUUUGUCUCAAUAAAGUGGAUAAAUGAGACAACAAAACAUCGUCACGCUGAACACACUCGGGAGUUUUAAGCUUCGUGGCGGUGACUUGAAGUCAUGUGACCUCGCGUGUAGCUCGUUGAUAGCAUGGCCGUAGCUUCUCACAUCUGGCGAGUGGGUCGUUAAAAAUCUGUUCAUUUGUGAAGAUUAUGUUGAGUAACAUAAACUCUGUGUUGUUUAAUCUUCCAAGAACAGAAAUGUUUCAACCGGUUCAUAUGUAAAUGAAACUGUAACCUGAACAUGUAAAAAUGCUUCCAAACAUGACAUCUGCCAUCAAAGUGUCCCACUUGGAAUAAACAAUAUGAAUCUCCAAAUCAUGACCUUCUACUGUCGACGGUUCUGCUUCAUGUAAUCCGCCUAGAAAGACUGUAUUUGUCUGUGCAUGUUAUUUAUUCAUUCAUUUUACAGUCAUGUGAACAAGUUUUCAGAUAAGUUAAGGCUCAAAGUAACUAACGCUGUCUCUCAAUACUGCCAAUACUGGGGUCCAAAGAUGUGUCACGUUCUUUUUAAAGCAACUGUACAUUUCCAGGAGUGUGAAUAAAAAUAAACUUUGUAACAUCCAUCUCCCUU